AUGGAAUUACAAGACGUGCGAAUCAAAGUGGUACAAGUGCCUGGCGAUGGAAAUUGCCUUUUUUACGCAGUGGUGCAACAGUUGUCCGGGAGGAAGAUCUUUGAUUCCGAGUUUUACGAAGAAGCGAUGAACUUACGCAGGGCAACUGCAGCAUACCUGCGGGAUCAUAAGGCAGAAAUGAAGGAAGUGAUCCUGUCGGAGAUAAUCGACAUAACAAACGAACCGACGGAUAAUAUGGAAAAUUGGCAAGUGGACGCCAAGAUCGAUCAACACUUGAUAAAUCUACAGAAAAGUGGAACUUGGGCUGGAGCUGAAGCAUUGCUGGCUAUGAAAGAGAUGUUGGGAGUGAACAUUAGGGUUUACAACCCUCAUUAUCAGCCGUUGGAGCUGACGUACGGUAAUGGAGAGGGCAGAACGAUUGAGGUCUAUUACAACGGGGUUAAUCACUAUGAUAGCGUAGAGCAAGGAGUAAUGGAAGGAAAUAAGGAACUUUUGAAUGAGCAGAGGAAAGUUAUUGAGCAAAGGGGAAUGACACAACCGGAGAAUGUUGGAAAGAACCAGGUGAUAGUUGAGCAAGAACAAGAAAAGAAAGAGACAGAAACACGGAAUGAAACGAACAUUGAACAAACUGGGUUGGGUAAUGAUAGUCCACUGAGGAAAGAAAGAGCAAAUACUAAUGAAAUAAUGGAUAAUCAAGAAGGUAGUAUUCAUAUCAGAUCAGAAAUAAAUAAACAGGACCAAGGAAAGGACACAGCUAGAAUAAUUGAAGAACAAUCAAGAAAGGAUAAGGAAUAUGUUGAGAUGGAAAAUAUCGAGCAACCAGAUAAUAAACUAAUGAGUCAGACAAUGAAUGAACACGAGCAGGAAAGAAGUACGGAGGAAAGGCGAACGUGUACAGAAGUGGGGAAUCAAUUAAAGGAAAAAGAAAAAGAAUCAACAAAGAACAAUAAGCUGAUAGAAGGAAGCGGGAACAACGAAGCAAGAUUACAAUUCGAAGUAAUGCGAACAGGAGCCAAUAGAGGACAAUGA